AUGUCGGCCACAGGGACCUACAAGGGAACGAUCAGUCACAAGACCGUCGGAAGAGGCAGACUCCCGGACUUCAACGAUAGUCCUUCCGCCUCACACAUUCCUCGCCCUCGUACCGAUCUCUCUUCCAUCUCUUCUCCAUCUCCCGCCCCUCAUACCCCGGGCAGCGACAUCGGUAGUUCCACCAUGAGUGCCGCCAGUAGCCGUCAGAGGCAGAAUCAGUCCAAGCGUGAUGAGGCCAUCCGCCGCAAAAUGGAAGCCGACCUCAACAAGAAGAGGCACAACCCUGCGAGAGCCCAUCGCUCACGCAAGGCCCCUCCCGGUACCGUCCUCGCUCUCAAGCCCAGCCAGGCCCUCCAGAUCAAGCCCAACACCACUAUCGCCGAGGCUGCCCAGUUGAUGGCCGCCAAGCGGGAGGACUGCGUUCUGGUUACCGACGACGAUGAUCGCAUUGCCGGUAUCUUCACCGCCAAGGAUCUGGCCUUCCGUGUGGUCGGCGCCGGCCAGAAGGCCCGCGAGAUCACCGUCUCGGAGAUCAUGACCAAGAACCCCCUCUGCGCCCGCACCGAUACCAGCGCUACCGAUGCCCUCGACCUGAUGGUCCGGAAGGGGUUCCGCCAUCUCCCCGUCAUGGAUGAGAACCAGGAUAUUUCCGGUGUGCUCGAUAUCACCAAGUGUUUCUACGACGCCAUGGAGAAGCUGGAGCGCGCCUACAGUUCCUCCCGCAAACUGUAUGAUGCGUUGGAGGGUGUGCAGACCGAGCUGGGUUCCAGUCAGCCGCAGCAGAUCAUCCAGUACGUCGAGGCCCUGCGGUCAAAGAUGUCUGGCCCCACUCUGGAGAGUGUCUUGGACGGCAUGCCCCCUACCACCGUGUCGGUCCGCACCUCUGUCAAGGAGGCCGCCGCCCUGAUGAAGGAGCAUCACACUACGGCGUUACUGGUGCAGGACCAGGGCUCCAUUACCGGUAUCUUCACCAGCAAGGACAUUGUUCUCCGGGUGAUUGCACCCGGUCUGGACCCGGCCACCUGCAGUGUGGUGCGCGUGAUGACUCCCCACCCCGACUUUGCUCCCACCGAUAUGAGCAUCCAGGCCGCUCUCCGCAAGAUGCAUGAUGGUCACUACCUGAACCUUCCCGUGAUGAACGAAGCGGGCGAGAUUGUCGGCAUGGUGGAUGUGUUGAAGUUGACCUAUGCCACUCUGGAGCAGAUCAACUCGAUGCAGACCCAGGACGAUGAGGGCCCUGCAUGGAACAAGUUCUGGCUGUCGAUGGACCAUGAGUCCGAUUCGAUGGUUUCGGGUAGCCACCGGCCCCAUACCCCACACCGGUCAGUCAUGAGCCCUGAGGACCCAAAGGCUGGUUAUGACGCGCGAGACAGUGUUCUCCCGAACGAGUCCGCUUCGCAUCAUGGUGGGGAUGAACAUUCGGAAUACAUUGACCACCAUCAUGGGGAGUCGGUCCCGUUCCCGUUCAAGUUCAAGGCGCCCAGUGGCCGCGUGCACCGUGUCAACGUGCUCCCUACGGCGGGCAUUGCGGAACUCGUGGCGCAGGUGACGGCCAAGUUGGGUCCGGAGUGUGAGGCCGUCGGUGGUGCGUCGGUGGUGGAAGACGGUGUGUUGAGCAACACGGGAUACGCGCUGAGCUAUCUAGACAACGAAGGCGACACCGUCUCCAUUACCACGGAUCAGGAUCUGGCGGAUGCCAUCCACGUGGCGCGACAAGCGCGUCGGGACAAGGUUGAUUUGUUUGUCCAUGAUCCCACGCACCCUCCCGUGCCAGCGCCGGUUGAGGCGCCCAAGCCGGUGGAGGAGAAGCCGGCCACCCCUGCGUCGGAGGAGACUGUUGAAGAGGUCCCUGCGGCCAAGCCUCGGGUUCAGACGUAUCCCUCGCACCACCCAGAGGAACAGUUUAUCGCAGGUGUGCCGAAUGAACUCCUGCUUCCGGGAGCGAUUGUGACGCUGGCGGCGGUGAUUGCGGGUGUGUUUGUGCUGAGCCGGGCGACCAGUCGGUAA